CGUGGCGAGGGGGUGCGGGGGAGGGCAAGUGCCACAGGGGGAGUCCCAGCGGCUCCCGUUAAUGAAUUAAAUCUGCUAACGAGGGUGGGCUCGGCGGCCCGUGCCCCCUCCGGUCCCGGCAGCCGCCUCCUCCCCCGGAGGGGGCAGUGACAGGCAGCGGCUCCUACCCCAUGUGACUGGGGAGCGGCUGCCCCGUCCAUGGCUUGGCCUCCCCCGGGCAGCAGCAGCUCCGGCUCCCGGGGAGGAGGGGCGGGAGCUGCUGCUCCAUGGGGAGGAAGGGCAGCCCUCGAUCCCCCCAGGCAGAGGGGGGAUCCCGGGCCGCCUCCCCCCCCUCCCCGGUCUGGGCCUUACCUGAGGAGCUGCUGCUCCUCAUCUGCUCCUACCUGGACGCGCAGGCCUUGGGCCGCUUGGCCCAGGUCUGCCGCCGCCUACGCUUCCUCAGCAGCCGCGAUGUCCUCUGGAGGCGCAUAGCCCGCGGCUGCCUCAACUCCGGCUUCACCCAGCUCGGCACCGACCUAGCUGCUGGCAUUCCAGUGAAGGAAAGGGUGAAAGUAUCUCAGAACUGGAGGCACGGACGCUGCCGAAGGGAGACAGUCCUGAAAUGGAAAUGCAAUUUGAUGCCCUGGAUGGAGCUGGAUGGCGAAUAUCUCUACCUGUCUCAAGCAGAGAACAUCCAGGCCUAUCACCUCUGUGCAGAAGAGACAGGUUUGCAGUGUCACCCUCAAGCCAUCUUCUCUGGCCACCAGGAGGAUGUGUGUCGCUUUGUUCUUGUCAACUCACACAUUGUCAGUGGAGGGGGAGAUGGAAGUAUUGUCCUUCACAAGAUCCAUGGCUCCUACAGCGUCAAGUUCUCUGCACAUGAGCAGGAGGUGAACUGUGUGGACUUCCAAGGUGGCCUCAUUGUCAGCGGCUCCCGGGACCGAACAGCGAAGGUUUGGUCCCUGUCCGCAGGCAGAGUUGGUCAGUGUCUACAUACAGUACAGACAGAGGAUCGAGUGUGGUCCAUUGCUAUCAGCCCAUUAUUAAGUGGUCAGCUGUUGACCUGUUUAGGGACCGACUUCCACCGUGGAGCUGGAGUCCUGGAUGUGUUCUACGAAACACCCUCCCUUCUCCUUUCUUGUGGGUAUGACACCUACAUCCGCUACUGGGACAUACGGACCAGCACCAGGAAGUGCGUCCAGGAGUGGGAAGAGCCCCAUGACAGUGCCCUGUACUGCAUAAGGAGUGAUAAGAACCAUAUGAUUGCCAGUGGCUCUUCCUACUAUGGUGUGGUGCGCCUCUGGGAUAAGCGGCAGACUCGGUGCCUGCAGAGCUUUCACCUGUCUUCACCCACCAGCAGCCCAGUGUACUGCCUCCGUUUCAGUACCACUCACCUGUACGCUGCCCUGGCAUCAGCCCUGCACGUCCUGGACUUCACUGCCUCGUGAAGGGCACCACAGCUGCUUCUGGUGACCCCAGCUCAGCAGAGCUGACACUUGGCUCAGGGAAUUGCAGGGCAGGAGAGGUGAGAAAGGCCCACAAGGCUUCUGAAGGGACUUUUUUGCCUGCCAGAAAGCUACAAUGAAGAGUGCACAAAGGGCCAAACUUUCUCAACCUUACCUGCCUGUUAGUGAAAAUAAUAGGCCAAUUGUCCUUUACUCUUUUUAUUUUGUGCAAGUCAGGUAUUGUUUUAUUAACUGUGUUCCUUUUUUUCUUUUUAUCUUUCUUCCUUUUUUUUUCUCCUGUGGAUACAUCAUUUGAGGGGCAAGUUGAGCCAGGAUGCUCCAUCAGCUGUGUGCUGGUCUGUUUGAGAUCAGCCAGGCUAUAAGCACGUGAAGCAAGACUAGGCUGCGUGUGGGCUGGACUGAUUUGGUGGAAGGGAAAGGUGGCUGGAGUGAGGCCCACCUUUCUCCUUAAUUUGCUGUUCUGACAGCUGCUUGUGUUGUCCUUCACAGCCAAGAGCAACAAUUGAGCUAAAAGGCAGAGCCAGCCCUGCUUUCAGUGUGCCUCCCCAAGCUGGCCGUCAGGUCAGGCUGUGCACUUGGCAGGGCUGAAAUGGUCAUGUUUUGCUAAAUAAAACUGAAAGGAAACAAAAGAGAUUGUAUGUUUUGUUUCAAGUUCUGAAGGGGUUGUGAUGUUACCUGCUGAUUGCAGAGCCUGGGUGCAUGGGGAGGUUGGGCCUAUUUUCAGAUGCUGUAUCCAUGUCUAAUAGAUCUCUCUUUCUGGCUAGACCCUGUGA